AUGGCACAGACGUACGCAGCCAAUCCAUUAACCAGCAGAGAAGGCAAGAAAUUCGUCUGUACACCAGUACGUAUUCCUCUUGCCAAUGAAAAGAAAAGCACCAUAAGAAUUGAAAUGGAAUCGAAAUGCAAUACACGAGGAUUUGAAAAAAUGAAAGAGAGUAGUGUGGGCGAGUCAUCACUAAUAAUAGUCGCAAUCCAGUCAGAGUGCACCGUAUCCAAGGCAGCAUUGGUAUGCAAGAUGAAAGCUCCCAAUGCCCAAUCAAGUGGGGUUUCACCAACCUGA